AAACUCGCUUCAAAAUCAGAUUCAAAAAAAGAAUGGACAGUACAUAAACGUUUUAUUGGCAUUUUAUCCGGGUGAUUCAAGUCAAACAAACAAUAAACCAUCAUUUAUAAUCUGCAAAAUACAAGAAUCAUCAAAUUCUGAUCCCUAUCAAUCUUUGACAUCUUUCCAAUCUUCGUCGGCGCCUACUAGUUCGACCGGAAACCAAGGCGACGAGAACAUUUUCGAAGAAUUGAGUACAACUAAAGGUACCA